AAUUCCGACAAAAUUCAUUCGGCAAUUUAAUUCUCUGUGAAAAGAAGUGAAAAAAUUUCCAUUAGAGGAUUUACAAGUAUUUUCCAGUUUUAUUGCUGAUUAUAACACCAAAACUUAGAUAUGUUUGAUAGACGUAACGGUGAUCGCGGUGCUUCUGGAAUGGGUGGAAUGGGCGGUAUGGGCGGCGGUAGUGGCGGCUAUCGUGACCAGCAACGUGGGGGUCCGAUGCGUGGUAAUGCUCUUGCACGUCCUCGUCCUGCACCCUAUGCACGCGGUGGUGCUGGUGGGAGCGGUGCUCCUUUUCGCGGUGGACCUCCGCGUUCCGGUUUCAAUGAUCGUCGAAUGGACGGCGGGAAUAACACUGGCACGCCUGGAGAUCGCCUGCCUACCAUAAUUUGGUCUGAAAUAAAGCUAACACCAUUCCAAAAAAAUUUCUAUCAACCAAGUACGACCGUCGCUCAACGUUCGAAAACAGAUGUUGAUGGGUAUCUGACCACAAAUGAAGUUACUUUAAAAGGCGAUGGCAUUCCUUCGCCGAAUAUUGAGUUUAGUGAGCCGGGUUUUCCCGAGCAUGUAUUAUCAGAAAUUAAGAAAAUGGGGUUUGCUAAGCCAACUGCUAUACAAGCUCAGGGUUGGCCGAUCGCUCUAAGUGGACGGGAUAUGGUCGGUGUUGCACAAACUGGCUCAGGUAAGACGCUUGCAUAUGUGUUACCAGCUGUGGUGCACAUUAGUCAUCAAGCUCGUUUGGAACGUGGAGAUGGACCAAUUGCUCUGAUUUUGGCACCGACACGUGAAUUGGCUCAACAGAUACAGCAGGUUGCUAACGAUUUUGGUUCACAAACCCAUGUUCGAAAUACAUGUAUUUUCGGUGGCGCACCGAAGCAACCACAAGCUCGUGAUUUGGAACGUGGUGUUGAAAUCGUUAUUGCUACGCCGGGUCGUCUCUUAGACUUCUUAGAACGUGGUGUUACCAACUUGCGUCGUUGUACAUAUCUGGUAUUAGACGAAGCUGAUCGUAUGCUUGAUAUGGGUUUUGAACCACAAAUACGCCGCAUAAUUAAGCAAAUUCGUCCAGAUCGACAAGUACUAAUGUGGUCAGCCACCUGGCCCAAAGAAGUUCGUAAUUUGGCGGAAGAGUUCCUCGACAACUAUAUUCAGAUUAAUAUUGGCUCAUUGACGUUGUCAGCUAAUCACAAUAUACUUCAAAUAGUAGAUGUAUGUGAAGAGAGUGAGAAAGAUAAUAAGCUUAUUAAGCUUUUGUCUGAGAUUUCUGCCGAGUCGGAAACUAAGACUAUCAUCUUCGUUGAGACAAAAAAACGCGUUGAUGAAAUCACCCGAAUUAUUGGACGUAGUGGAUGGCGCGUAUGUGCCAUUCAUGGCGACAAAUCUCAACAAGAGCGAGAUUUUGUUUUGUCGUCAUUCCGUAAUGGCCGCCACUCAAUUUUGGUGGCGACAGAUGUAGCAGCACGCGGCUUAGAUGUCGACGAUGUAAAAUUUGUAAUUAAUUACGAUUACCCUUCGAAUUCGGAGGACUAUGUGCAUCGCAUCGGGCGUACAGGGCGUUCAAACAAUACGGGAACGGCAUACACCUUGUUCACCACUUCAAACGCUAAUAAAGCCAAUGACUUGAUCCAAGUGCUCCGCGAAGCUAAUCAGGUCAUCAAUCCACGUCUAGUUGAAAUGGCUUCGUCGUCAGGCUAUAAUAACAAGCGAAAUUCACGCGGUGGCUAUCAAAGUCGUGGUGGUAGUCAUAUGGGAGGUGGUUAUGCCAACCGAGGUAAUCGUGCAUAUGGUAACAACAGUGUUGGUGGUGUCGGUGGAGCACAAGGAUAUCAACACCGCCCACAACAACCGGCAAAUAGUGGAGGUCAAAUGUAUCAACGUCCGAGUGGACCGCCUUCGCGCUUCUCAGCGGCCCCUCCCCAAGGUGGCUAUGGCCGAAGUCAGCACGCCGCUGGAAAUAAGCCUUAUGCCGGUGUCGGAACUGAAGGCGCUGAUAAGCGUCCGCGCUUUAAUCCACAUCAGCAGCCUCCGCCGCAACAAUCGUCGUCUUACCAACAACAGCCACCUCGCGUUCCCUAUGGAGCGAAUGCUAAUAGUCACCAAGGCCACAAUGCACACCAUCAACCGCCACCAAAUCAUCGAGGAGCUCCACAUGCUGGCGGUAGUGCUGCUCCGGGUGCUGCGUCUGCUAUGUACUCACAUGCACCUCCUUCCCAUCAUCAUUCCGCUGGCGGUGCUCAUUAUGCCGUUCCCUCAGGCAAUAUGUUUGCUUAUCCUCCGCCUCCUUUGCCCGUGCAGAAUUAAGAAAAUACUUAAUUUAAAAAAUAAUAUUAUCGUCAUAAUUAGUUUAACUUUGCAUAUGGCAUUUCACUAGGUUAAAUUAUAUUUCUUUGAGUGUAGUUGUUGUAAUGUCAAAGAACAUUGCUACAAGUAUUACAUUACAUAGCCUGGUGAUUAUUAAAAGUGAAUGACCCUGCAACACUGUACUUGACAUAACUUUUAAACACGUUAAACAAGAUUCUCAAUUUUUGUAUAUCAAGUUUAAUAUUUUGAUUAUUUUAAUUGCUUCUGUAAUUUUUAAGUUUGUUAGACCGUUAUAUCUCGUUGCUCUGGUGUCAUUUCAAUCAAUAGCUCUAAAUACCAACAAUUUUCAAAAUUAGGUACCAAGAGUUAUCUAUUGAAUUCUAAUAAACUAUGAUAUCUAAUUUACCAUACACAAGGGAAUUUGGGUUCAGAUUCUGCUGUGAUCAUUCUAUUUGAUUGCACAUACAUUUACAUUUUUCAUUUAAUCAUUCAUCCAUUUUAGAAAUUACACUUACUAAAUCCUUAACAUAAAUAUUAUCGUAAAUACAUAACAUAACAUAAUUGAAGUAAAUUGUAUUACUUGGAUUUUAAAUGGAUGUACAAUACAUACAUGUUUCCCCAAAAAAAUUUAAAUAAAGGCAAAUAAAUUCAAAAUUA